AUGAAAUUAUUAUUUUCUUUAUUUGCCUUUUUCUGUAUUACUUUAACAUAUGGAUCUGUAGUUGAAUUGACUGAUUCAAAUUUUUACAAUAAAAUUGAUGACUAUGAAAUUGCUCUCGUCAAAUUUUAUGCUCCAUGGUGUGGACAUUGUAAACGUAUGGCUCCAGAAUUUGAUAAAGCAGCAAUAAAAUUAAAGACCAAUGAUCCACCAGUUACUCUUAUUAAAGUAGAUUGUACUGUUGAGAAGAAAGUUUGUGAGGACUACAAAGUUCAAGGAUUUCCAACACUUAAAAUAUUCAGAAGAGGUGUUAUUUCAGCUGAUUAUGAAGGACCAAGAGAUGCUGAUGGUAUUGUCAAAUUUAUGCGUGGACAAUCUGGCCCAUCUUCAAAAGAACUUAAGACUGUUGCUGAAUUUGAUAAGUUUAUUGCUGAUGAAGAUCAAUCUGUAAUUGGUUUCUUUGAAACAGAAAGCAAAUUAAAGGAUUCCUUCCUUAAAGUUGCCGACACAGAAAGAGAUCGUUUCCGUUUUGCUCAUACAUCUAGUAAAGAUCUUUUAGAAAAACAUGGAUUCAACGAUGACAUUGUUGUAUUCACACCCAAAAAACUCCAAAAUAAAUUUGAAUCUCAUGAACAUAAAUAUGAUGGAAAUUACGAUACCGAUAAAAUCAAGACUUUCCUUAUUCAUGAAUCUACCGGUCUAGCUGGAAUCCGUACUCAAGGGAACUUAUUCCAAUUCACAAGACGUCCUUUAUUUGUUGUUUACUAUAAUGUUGAUUAUGUUAAGGACCCAAAGGGAUCUCAAUACUGGAGAAAUCGUGUUUUGAAAGUCGCUCAAGAUUUUAAACGUAAAGCUUACUUUGCUGUCUCAGCAAAAGAAGAAUUUGGUGAAGAAAUUGAAUCAGUAGGUCUCGGUGAAAGAAAGGAAUCAGAUAAACCAAUUGUUGCUGCAUUGACUAGUGAAGGUAAAUUCCCAAUGCAAACAGAAUUCUCUGUUGAAAAUCUUAAAAAAUUCGUAGAGUCUGUUCUCGAAGGAAAGAGUGAACCUUAUAUGAAAUCAGAACCUGUUCCUGAAACUCAAAGUAAUCUUAAAGUUGCUGUUGGAAGAAACUUCAAGGACCUUAUUUUGGAUGCUGAAAAAGAUGUUCUCAUUGAAUUUUAUGCUCCAUGGUGCGGACAUUGUAAAAAUUUAGCACCAAAAUAUGAAGAAUUAGCCGAUAAACUUGCAGAUGAAGACAUUAUUAUUGCCAAGAUGGAUGCCACUGCCAAUGAUGUACCUCCAAUGUUUGAAGUUAAAGGAUUCCCAACCAUUUAUUGGAUUCCAAAGAACACAAAAAUUCCAGUUCAAUAUUACGGUGGGCGUGAAGUUAAUGAUUUUAUCAAAUUUAUUGCCUCCAAAUCUUCUGAUGGUCUUAAAGGAUAUGAUAAAUCCGGCAAGAAAGUAAAGGCUGAACUUUAA